GAGGCGCUCCCAUCUUUUCCCACCGUCUCUACAGCUGUGGCCUGAGAACGGGCAAAAAUAAUUACACUCCAAGCCACUGGGAUAGGAAUUAGACAGAAUUUGUAUUUAGUAGUUUUUUUUAAAAACACCCAAGCAGACCUAAAAACCAUUCAGAAUGACCGACUCCAAGUACUUCACCACAAACAAGAAAGGAGAGAUAUUCGAGCUGAAAGCUGAGCUGAACAAUGAGAAAAAAGAGAAGAGGAAGGAAGCGGUGAAAAAGGUCAUCGCUGCCAUGACCGUAGGCAAGGACGUGAGCUCCUUGUUUCCAGAUGUGGUAAACUGCAUGCAGACUGAUAACCUGGAGCUGAAGAAGCUGGUGUAUCUGUACCUGAUGAACUACGCCAAGAGUCAACCUGACAUGGCCAUCAUGGCUGUCAACAGUUUUGUGAAGGAUUGUGAAGACCCUAACCCUCUUAUCCGUGCCCUGGCCGUGCGCACUAUGGGCUGCAUUCGCGUGGACAAGAUCACAGAGUACCUAUGCGAGCCUCUGAGGAAGUGCCUGAAGGACGAGGACCCGUACGUGAGGAAGACGGCAGCCGUGUGCGUGGCCAAGCUGCACGACAUCAACGCGCAGAUGGUGGAGGAUCAGGGCUUUCUGGAUUCCCUCAGGGACCUGAUCGCUGACUCCAACCCUAUGGUUGUGGCUAAUGCUGUGGCAGCUCUGUCUGAGAUCAGCGAGUCUCACCCCAACAGCAAUCUGCUGGAUCUCAACCCUCAGAACAUCAACAAGCUGCUCACAGCCCUGAACGAGUGCACCGAGUGGGGUCAGAUCUUCAUCCUGGACUGCUUGUCCAACUACAACCCCAAAGACGAACGGGAAGCCCAGAGCAUCUGCGAGCGUGUGACCCCACGUCUCUCGCACGCCAACUCGGCCGUCGUGCUGUCAGCCGUCAAGGUCCUGAUGAAGUUCCUGGAGCUGCUGCCGAAGGACUCGGAUUAUUACAACACGCUGCUGAAGAAGCUCUCUCCUCCUCUAGUGACGCUGCUCUCCGGCGAGCCCGAGGUCCAGUACGUGGCCCUCAGGAACAUCAACCUCAUUGUGCAGAAGAGGCCUGAGAUCCUGAAGCAGGAGAUCAAAGUGUUCUUUGUCAAGUACAAUGAUCCCAUCUACGUCAAGCUGGAGAAACUGGACAUCAUGAUCCGACUGGCCUCCCAGGCCAACAUCGCCCAGGUACUGGCUGAGCUGAAGGAGUACGCCACCGAGGUGGAUGUGGACUUCGUGCGUAAGGCGGUCCGCGCCAUCGGGCGCUGCGCUAUAAAAGUGGAGCAAUCAGCUGAGCGCUGUGUGAGCACCCUCCUGGACCUCAUCCAGACAAAAGUGAACUACGUCGUGCAGGAGGCCAUUGUGGUGAUCCGGGACAUCUUCCGCAAAUACCCCAACAAGUAUGAGAGCAUCAUUGCCACGCUGUGCGAGAACCUGGACUCUCUUGACGAGCCGGACGCACGCGCCGCCAUGAUUUGGAUUGUGGGCGAAUACGCAGAGAGAAUCGACAACGCUGACGAACUUCUGGAGAGCUUCCUCGAGGGCUUCCACGACGAAAGCACUCAGGUUCAGCUCACCCUGCUGACAGCCAUAGUGAAGCUGUUCCUGAAGAAGCCUUCAGAGACACAGGAGUUGGUGCAGCAAGUUCUCAGCCUGGCCACUCAGGACUCCGAUAACCCUGACCUGCGGGAUCGUGGCUACAUCUACUGGCGUCUGCUGUCCACUGACCCGGUGACGGCCAAAGAGGUGGUGCUGUCCGAGAAGCCGCUGAUCUCCGAGGAGACGGACCUGAUCGAGCCAACGCUGCUGGACGAGCUCAUUUGCCACAUCGGCUCGCUGGCCUCCGUCUACCACAAGCCACCUAACGCUUUCGUGGAGGGCAGUCACGGCGUACACCGCAAGCACCUGCCCAUCCAGCACGGCAGCAUCGACACUGGCGAGAGCCCAGUUAGCGGUGGCCCGGCUUCCGCUAUCGACCAGCCCCAGGUUAUUCCGUCUCAAGGUGACCUCCUGGGCGACCUUCUCAAUCUCGACCUGGGUCCUCCUGUCAACGUGCCACAGGUCUCGUCCAUGCAGAUGGGAGCCGUAGACCUUCUAGGAGGCGGUCUUGACAGUCUGCUCGGAGGCGACCUUGGAGGAGGUGUUGGAGGCAGUCCUGCCGUUGGCCAGAACUUCAUUCCAUCUUCAGUGCCCAACACAUUUGCUCCUUCUCCUACUCCAGCGCCCAUCAGCAGCGGCCUAAAUGACCUGUUUGAACUUUCCACAAGCAUGGCCAUCAAUACUGGGGGUUACAUCGCACCUAAAGCUGUGUGGUUACCAGCAGUCAAGGCGAAAGGGUUGGAAAUUUCCGGAACGUUCUCCCGCCGUCAAGGCCAUAUGUACAUGGACAUGUCUUUUACCAACAAAGCCCUGCAGCACAUGACUGACUUUGCCAUCCAGUUUAAUAAGAACAGUUUCGGAGUGAUACCUACCACGCCUUUACCCGUUCACACGCCUCUAAUGCCCAACCAAAACAUCGACAUCUCCCUGCCUCUGAACACCAUCGGACCCGUUAUGAAGAUGGACCCUCUCAACAACCUCCAGGUGGCUGUGAAAAACAACAUCGACGUCUUCUACUUCAGCGUGCUCAUUCCGCUCAACGUCUUCUUCGUCGAGGACGGCAAAAUGGAGCGUCAGGUCUUCUUAGCCACAUGGAAAGACAUUCCUAAUGAGAAUGAGCUGCAGUACCAAAUCAAGGAGUGCCACUUAAAUGCCGACACCGUGUCAGGCAAGCUGCAGAAUAACAACAUCUACACCAUCGCCAAGCGGAACGUGGAGGGCCAGGACAUGCUCUAUCAGUCGCUGAAACUCACUAACGGCAUCUGGAUUCUCGCCGAGCUCCGCAUCCAACCUGGCAACCCCAACUACACGCUCUCUCUGAAGUGCAGAGCUCCAGAGGUGUCUCAGUACGUGUACCAGAUGUAUGACGCCGUGCUGAAGAACUGAAGAUCUAAAUCUCUCCAUAAGCAGUCUUUUUUUUUUUUUUUUCCUCCUCCUAUCAUUCCUGUGGUACAAGAACAAACUACACCUCUUCCCAUUUCUCUUUUCUAGGAUCUGUACUGUUCCCCUGCUCUGUAUCGUGUCCUGGUAGCAACCAUAUGCUUUAGCCAAAAUGUCUGUGUUGUGGAUAAAAGUUGUAGGUGGUGCAUCGUGCCUCGCGGGUAAUGUUUAUUAUACGCUUACUAUUAUAAAAAUGUCCAUGAAUGGAGUGACUUUUUUUUCUUUCUUUCUUUCUUUCUUUUUUUUUUUUUUCCUUGCAUACACUUGGACAUGUCUUGUAUUUGCCAUGCUUGAUUUAUUUCACUCAGCAAAAAUGAUUCAAUGAGUCAGGUGGUUUUUCAGUGCAAUUUCAGUUUCACAUUCUCAGGCCAAAUCAGUGCCACAUGAAUAGGUUUUUUGAGCCAGGGUGGCCUCGAUGUCUUCAGCAUAAGGCAGAUUAGAUGAGGGUUCUGAUACACGUCUUAUUAUAGUCACCAGUUCAAAACCACUAUUCCGUAGCUCAGUGGGGUAUUUCAUUGUGCUUCUGGGGUAAUUAAUCAUUUUGCCUUUAGUAACCAAAAAAAAACAAACCCCACCUGAAAUAGUACCUUGUUGCUUGUAUGGAUGUGAAAUAUGCUUCGCAUGCCGUAACUUGUUCCCCUUAAAAGCGCGCACAUGAAUACAUAAGCUAAUAUUGUGUAUACUGUUUAGUCUCAAUUACACUCCAUAUUAUGACUACUGCCAUAAAGCAACUCGCAGUCAAUGUUAAGUAUACAGAUAUUAUUUGGGCGACUUUCAUAUUCUUCAUUCCUGGACUGAAGGCAGUCAGAUUUAGCCCAUUUUCUCGUCCUAUAGAUGUAUGGUUCUGUGCAGUGAUCGUGUACUGUGAUUUUAUCUAAAUUAUCGCACUUAUGGUUAUUAGAAAUUGCGCAUCCACUAACGGUGUACGUGCUAGAGCCUGAACGUCUUGGCAUUUUUGUAGCGCUUUACAAUAAUCAUUUAAAGGAGCGGUGCUGUCAUUUGUAUGUUGUUGUAAUAAGGGUAACUGUCGACGUGUCCCAUGGAAGCAUCGCUCUAACGAAACUCCUAGUCAUUAUAACGCGCAUGAGUGAGUAAUCGUCGUAGGAAAAGUAGCUCAAUCCCGUUUGUUGUGGGGAAAUUUCUUUUGUCUAGAUGUUGAAACGGAAGGCAGUCUUCCUGUCCACUGUAUUUAGAGGCCACCACAGCUAACACUUCCUCAGUCAUUCCAUCCUCGUUAGUCAUUCCUCGCCUUCACACCUGUUACCAUUUUUUUGCUUCAUGUAUUUUCGUUUUUGAAUAAAUCGAAUAAAUAAAUAAUGUCCCUGA